AAACUGACGACGGCUGCCACUCAGCUCGACCGACUGGCGCUGCUACCAAGUAACGCCGACUGGACGUUCGACUUCAACCUCCAGAAGUCCACCUACAACUGGGCGCCCGGCGGCGUGACGAACAUGAACGCUGCGACAUUCCCAGCUGCGCACGGGAACGGACUCACCUUAGCCACGGUCAAUCUCGGCCCAUGCGCCAUGUUGCCACCACACUACCAUCCUCGCGCCGCCAACUGGGUCGUAGCUGUACUGGGCAACACCACAACCUGGAUGCAAGAAGAGAACGGAGCUCACACGAUCGUGACAUCCCUAACUCCCGGCCAAGCGACCAUCUUUCCCGCCGGCAGUAUGCACAUGAUGGCCAACAACGCAUGUAAGCCAGCUCAACUCGUCUCGGCGCUCAAUCACGAAGAUGCCGGAACCAUGAACAUCAACCAAAUUUUCCUCAAUGGCUUCGCGCCCGCAUGGGUGAAUGCAGCCUUUGGCGGCAACAUCGUCAACGACCAAACUUCGUCGCACGCUUUACCUCCGGGCACCGGCGCAAAUUGGGGCUCGGCAGAGUGCAUGUCCCGAUGC